AUGGCCCUGAGCAACAACACAGCCGCAGCACAACCACCAGAAUGGAAGAGCAAAGGGAUGUUUCAGAUGCCUGACUGGGCUGAACCAGUAAUCGUCCUUACUAUCCUCUGCACGUCCAUGUUCAUGACCCGUCGGAAAGGAUUCAGCAUAUUUGGCAGCAAGCAUGGUUAUCAAGCCUUACCUCUCGAUCGUGGCGAGUUCGACUCUGACAGCGCCCGUUCCUCUGACGAUCUCCUCUACUAUGAUGUCGACAAUGAGAAUGACGCCCAAGAUCCGAUUGCGUCUUUGAAACAGCUUCCGAAAAAGAGAGAUUUGUGGUUUGGGCUGAAACUGUAUACUCCUAAUUCUUCGAGAUUCGCCAACCAUAUACACUCUCGGAUCCUGCAGAAAUUCCCUUUCCUGAUCGAAAUGUUCUACUGGAUAAUAACAUAUCUUUUUUAUCGAAUGACGAAAGUCGUCAGCGCGGCUAUAUUUCACCAAGACAAAAUCUGGGGUGUCGCACAACAGAAUGCGCUCCGUAUACUCUGGUUUGAACAUGACAGUCCUUUUGCGUGGAUGUUUCCAGUCAAGGAGCAUGAUGUGCAGCAUUGGUUCAUGGAUGGACAUCAGGCAGGCUUGACCUUUUUGAAUCGGGCGUAUGCGCUGAUACAUAUUCCAGGAACUGUUGGCUUUAUCGCAUGGUACUAUUACAUCGCACCGAAUCACAGCAUUUUCGCCAUUGCUCGACGAACACUCACCUUAACGAAUCUUUUUGCUUUCAUUACAUUUACUUUUUUCCCAACCAUGCCACCUCGCCUAUUACCGAAAGAGUACGGCUUUCUUGAUACUGUUCGACAUGACAAUGCCGAGAGUAUUUGGAUGAGGGGUGAUGUUGUCAACUCGCUCGCUGCUAUGCCUAGCAUGCAUUUCGGCUACGCAUUUUGCAUAGGCUGCACCAUGAUUUUCCACUCUGGAGUUUUCCGUCGUACUCUCAUCAAAGGCGAAGUCCGCAAAUCUUUACCUUGGAAGGCGUUCUAUAUCUUCAUUGCCAUCGGAUAUCCAGCGAUGGUCUUAUCAGCGAUUGUGGCCACAGCCAACCAUUACUGGCUCGAUGCUAUGAUGGCUGUAGUGGUUGCGAGUCUGGCAUAUUUAUGUAAUCGUGUGUUCUUAAUUCUGUUGCCAUUGGAGGACUAUUUGAUUUGGGCGUUGAGAUUAGAAAAGCCGAUACCGAGCACUGGGGAGCGAUUUCAUGCUAGGGGUGGGAAUUUGUGA